AACCAGAUUGCGGUCGGACUGGUGAUACAUUCAUUUAUUAUAGCUGUCAAUGUCAAUGACUGGUGGAAAGGAAGAUCGGUGACUCCUGUUGACCACAUUGUAACUUCUGUUUGCAUUUCAAGGAUCUGCUCUCAGUCUGAAUUUGUACUAUAUUCAUUUGUGGAUACACUUUCCAUGAAAAACAAGUAUUCAUUUUUAACUUUAGGUAUCAUGGGAACAAUUUCUAUGUUCUUUACUUAUGUCAAUUUUUGGUUAACAGCUCUGCUUUCCAUUGUCUUCUGUCUGAAGAUCUCCAACUUCCAGACCAGAUUGUUCCUGUAUCUGAGAAGGAUAAUAGUACAGAGGACUGCUUACUUCAUUGUAGCCUCAGUGCUUCUCUCCACUUUUAAUUGUUUGAUAUUCUUGUCCACUGUUAUCACUCAGAUGACUAAAGGUGGAACAAACAAUGUGACUAUGGAUGAUGUAUUCACAGAUUGCAAGCAUAAUAAUUCCAUGUACAUUUAUACUAUUGGAACCUUCUUCCCGCUGCUCUUCUGUUGCAUUUCAUCCAUCCUUCUAUUCAUCUCAUUGUAUCAUCACAUAACAAGGAUGAAGAUGAGCAACAUGCUGGUGAUCCUUGGACCUGAAAAGCACCAGUUCUGUUUCAUUGCUCCACGGAAUGGAAUCCCCAAACUCCUUUGGUUGAUUUAUAUGGUUUUGAGCAUAUUGGAGCUGAGUUUUCUUGGGUCAGAGGUGUACAUUUUGGAGUUUAGGAAUUGA